UGUAUAUACACGACGUUGUGUACAUCAAAGAGAGGAGUCGGAACGUUUGUGGCGGACGAGACGAUUAUUGUAACGCGAAAGAAGAGUUGCGCACGUUGACAUUUCCUCAUCGCGACCCAUCGAGAGACGCUCCGAUAACGCGAACAUUUGGAACAGUGGACAUAUGGGAAAUCGUCCACGGUAAAAUCUCAAGAGCAGUCACAACCGCAGUCGCGAUUUCGCCCUUUUGCUCGCUAUUUAUAGAGGAAGUAGGUUAUUUGCAAAAUCAAUCGUGAAAAUAAUCGGAUUAUUAUGGCACAUAGAGUAAUACCAAAGAUGAUCAAGUGAUUCUAAAGAAGAAUAUGAUGUAUCUACAUCGCACAAGAGUCUGACUCAGCUCAGCCCUGAGUCACAUGUUGUUGCUUUGCGCACAAAUGCCAGAAUGUUAGACAGUGCAGCUAACAUGGAACUGAAUAAUGUGGGAAGUAACAAAAGUUCCGUAUAUCUCGCACUAUCAUUUAGGAAACUGUGUUUGGCAACAGUUGGCUUACCACUGGUAUCGCUAUUGUUCUGUUUUGUCACAGCUUAUAUAUUCCAACAAGAUGAUAUUCAUGAAACUCAUUGUAGGGUCUACAAUAUCCUUCCAUCGAUCUCAGCUAUUACUGGUGUGUCCCCUCAGAGAUAUCUAUGGCGUGUUAGCAUAGCGUUACAUAUUGGACCUAGACUGGUGAUAGCCAGUGUUUAUCACUCUUAUUAUUACAACAUACUUAAAAGCAUUGAAGAUGUGCCUCUAAAAAUUAUGGGGAGUAGACUCCUAAAUUUAUGUUACUGGCUAAACAUUGCCGAGGUGGCAGCUUUGUGUGGUGUAACAUAUGUUUCUAACAGGGAGAAUUACUCGGUGCACGAAAAAAUUUUCAUAGUGUUCAUGAUUAGUUCGCUCAUGUAUAUGCUGACCGCUGUAAGAUUGGGUCGCCUAAUAACUCCAAAUGCACAAAGUCUUCAGUACAAACAGGCGCUCUUUAUGAUGAGUCUUGUCAGUACAAUCGGUCUUAUUAUCUUCUUCUUGAAACAUCGACUGCUAUGUCACGACUUGGCAUUUAGUUGGUUUUCGCUGUGCGAAUAUGUGAUAGCUUUCGCGAACAUGGGGUUUCACGUCACCGUGGUUCUGGACUUUCCGAAGGAGCAACUGGUCGUAGGUCAUGGUUUACCCGCCACAAAGGCAGAUUAACCCUUUAUGAUAAUUCAUUAUUUUCAUCGCCAUACUGAAGUGCCUAUUGCCUCUAUAUGGAAGUGCUACAAAUCCCGAUUCUCGAGAGGUAAAAAUUUGGCACAACAUGCGACAUUAUGCAAUUUUAUGAUUGCUUCCUUUUUGUGAUAUUUACAAAAUUGCAUUUAUUAUCGAAAAUUAUCAUCUUGAUUUGCUUCUGCCGAAUACUCUCGGCAUAUUUUUAAUUUUGACUUUUAUCUCCACUCUCUCGCGCUAUCGAUCACACAACGCCCGACAAGUAUUCUCCCGAAUGUAUUGGGAUUUGAUCUGAAAAUGAAAAAUAAGUAGGGGAAUCUCUAGCGCUUCCAGAGUGCGGCACUGGUUACUUUCCAAACGGUGAAAUACGUAACGGCCUUUUAAUAUCGAUUAGUAAUAGAUGAGUAUAUGAUUAUGAUGUAGUGAACAUGAUAGUUAAGCAACUAUCCUACGUACGAACGGCAUUUUUAACGUUGUCGUAAAUGGAAUAUUAUUACUUCUACGAUACGUGAGAUUACUUGUAUAAAGAACUUUUAAACCUUCUUUUAUAGGAACUUUUGCAAAGUGAGAAUUCUAGUCGAAUGUAUGAAUUCUAGUCGCAAUGUCUUUUAUCUGCGCUUUACUCUUUUACUUUAUAUUAUAGGUUGACAUAUGAAUUAUUAUAGACUGUAGAAUGCAUUUACGUCAGAUGGACUUCGCGAAAUGGAUUUGAGGGAAUUGCACGUUCAUAAAAUGAACGUGUUGAGUGACAUUCUGUACAGUUGCGUCUUGUUGGCAAUUCUUACGGUAGACACGUUAACAUAAGUUACUCACUCGUCUUGUAAGAGGUCGAUUAACACGCUGUAUAGAAUCUCGAGAUGUUAACGCUAAUGUUCACCGCUCCGUUCGGCGUUAACGUACUGCAAACAUAGGAAAAUAAUCGCUCCUAUGUUUGCAUGUAGCAUUACGAUAGUUCAGUAAUACAGCAACCACCGAAAAAUAUCGGCAAUUCAAAGUAGCCGCAAUCUUACUACGCGAUAAUAUGAUAUUGCGUGAUUGUUCGGACGGGUGCGUUCGAGAUAAGAUCGAUAUCUAAAUUUCUCAUGCAGAUUUGUAAGAAUUGUUAAGAUGAGAGUUUCUAUCAGAUCUUACGACUGAAACUCCCGUUAAUUUCUUUAUGGAUGGACGCCGAUAGUCGCAGUGUGACUUUAGAUAGCACUCGCAGUUCAACAGUAUCAUUUUUGCACAUUUUUACACACGAACAUUAACUGGUGUAGCGUAUUUUGAUAUGAGGAGUUUUUGUUAAGGUUCCUUGUACAUCGUUAUCGUGAAAAGAACAAACCGUCGAUACAUUAUAUCGCUAGUUUCUCAGCAGAUCUGUUGUUUGUCGUAAAUAGCCGAUAGCACGAAGAUCGUAGCUCUUUAGAGGUCUUCGUGAUUGUUAUUGAAAGGAUAAUGGUUGUAAUAAUGCGAGCGUAAUAUCUGGACGGUUCCUACUGUAUUAUACUUCGAGUCGUUUUGUACCGCUACGUCACACCACGAUAAAAACGAAUGUACUCGGCAAUCGCGUUUGAUUUACCGAGAAGACCGUUGUCGGACGCUAAUCAGUGCCAAGUGACGCACUAAAGAUAUAUCGUGGACUUUUACGGGUUUUCAUAUGGAGAUGCGUGCGUUAUGUAUGUUAAUAACGAUCUCGAAAAGUCUCUUUAAUGAAUCACUUGUAUCUCACGCUUUGUCAAGCAAUCACCUUACGACCACUGCUCUCUAAAAAUGUUCGUAGCAAUAACUGACAAUUUUUUCUGCAUAAUGUCUCAUUCUCAUAAGCGAAUAUGAAAAUUAGGAAACGCCAAUAUAGUUGGAUUGAUUGCGAUGGAACGUUUGUUCUGGUGGAUCGUUAGAAUUUACUUUAGCAUUCUCGGAAUACAUGUAUAACCGCAUCAGAGAUUACGUACCUUCUCUCGCUUAUGGAUCUCUGAGUGAAUCUGAAGUUCACUUCACAAAUAUUUUAUUAUGAUUUAUUAUUAUAAAAUUAUCUCUCUCUCCCUCUUUGUUUCUCCUAAAUUCUUGACAUUCAAAUAAAUUCUGCAAUUUAUUAAUGCAAUCAAGCGUUAUUUUCUUCCCAAAGAAAAAGUAAAACUUUGUGAUAUCCUGAUAAUCUGCAAAUGAAUUCAGAUGCGCAAUUUCUGAUGCGUUUUAUGUGAGUUAAUGGAUAUCGAGGACACGAGUCACACGUUAAAAAGAGUUAUAUACUGAAUGUCUCUUAUAUAUAAGUAGAAAUUAAUAGUACGUAAGAAAGUUUUCUAGAAAUGUAGCGGUAACUUCCAGAAAUAAGUUGCAAGAUAAAAGUAUAACGAAAUGAGGAACUUCGGUGAUUAAGUUUUCCUCUCGCGCUGAGACUUUUCGUUCUAGGAGAGAUUUCAAAUUUAUGUGUUCGAAACUCUACAAAAAGAUAUAUUUAAUUAAUGUUAAUUUUGCAAACGAUACCGUUGCAAAGUAAUGUUUCCGCAAAGGAAACUACUAAGUAUUAUUUUAGCAACGAUCUCCCUUAUGAUCGCGACAAUUGCUUCGCGACUUAUCGAUAUUCUUGAAUUAAGAUGUUAGCACAUUCUCGUGAAGUAAUUCAAGAAGAAAUAGCGAAGAACGAGAUUUAAGCGUUAGAAUCGUAAAGAAAACUAUUCGAUGCAUUAUAUUUGCGGUCUCUGAACAUAUUUUUUUAAUACCGCGGAAUGAAAAUUCACCUACGCACCAGUAGGUUUUUGAAAAUGAAUGUUCUAAAGAACAUAUUUAAGAACUCGUCAUACAAAUUGGCGAUAAUAAUUGAACAUAUCUUGUCGAGAGGUUCUAUCACACUCGAAACUCUUCCUUUGCUGUAAAUAAUGCCAGCACGACACACAGUCAUCUUGUAUAAAUGACGGAGUGGAUAUCAAUGGCACGUUAAAAAAAAAAAAAAAGAGAGAAGAAGAAAAUGGUACGAUGAUUUUUCUCACCCUUCAUUAGUAUGACGAUUUAAAGAAAAAAAAUUGAAGCUAAAUCUUUACACAAAUAUUCACUAUCGAGUCGCAGCUAUUUUUCUGCGACUCGUAUUUUUCGAAAUGAUUUUGCUACUAAAACAUUUUUUUCUAAUUUAUGACGUAUACCGAAAUUAUCAAUAAAGCGCUAUGAUCUGACGAAGAAACUACUUGUUCGCGAUGUAUAAACCGUUUGGGUAAUUGAUAAUUCUGUGAUAAUAAGCACAAACAGUUCUACGCAGUCUGGAUUUUCUUUUUUCUUAAAACAAUUUUACCAGAUGAUGCCACCUUCGUUAUUAUUUAACUUUCCAAGUUCUGUUGCGUUCCACUUAUAUACAAGCCCGAGAAUUUUAAUAUAUUAUUUAUGAUACAUCACAAUACAUACGCAUAAAUAUAGUCCAAUGUAUAUUAUCACAGAAUUUGUUUUCCCGAAUCAUCUAUCUACUGUCGUAUUUAAUGAUGAAUCGAGUAGCGAAUUUAUGUACUUAGGAAUUAUCAUAAAAGUAGAGGAUUGAUUAAUCAGACAAAUACUAGAGAGGUAAAUUUAACUAAUUAAUAAUAUAAUCUGUCCUUAAUUUGAUUUGAAAAUUUUUUCGAAGAAAGAACGAGGAUCGAUAACACCUUUUUUUUUUAAAGAAAAAAAUAUCUGUUACCGAAAGCAAGCGCGAUUGUCCCGGUAGAUAUUACUUUAUGUAAUGUGUAUACGUAUUUGUUAUCUUUUGCGACGAAUUUUGAGGCAACCGAAUGCAAAACUUUCACAGUGUGGAAAACAAAAUUACGCCCAACGUCUCUCUGAUACCUUUAUCCGCCGUGGUCUUGUGCAUCAUAUAAAUCAGAGUGAGCGUAAUCGAGCCUCAAAUCCAACUGAAACCUGCGGCAUUGGCGAAGGUAAUUGAACUCUGUUGACCUUAAUGUAAGGAAUAAACGAGCGCGAUCAAAUGGCUACCGUGUGACACGAACGAGAGAACUUUCGAACGUCCUCACGAGUAACCGAAUUUAAUAAGUCGCUUCCUUCGAUCGUACCGUGAAACUGGACGGAGGCUCGAUCGUCCUCGCACUCUCGUGGCUCAUUAACGAUUUUACGUCGUCAUUACACGAAAUAGUUGUAUUUUCCUACACAAUCGGUCGAGCAUUGUUCGAUGUAACGUUCACACCGAUGCUCCGUAUUUCCGAUUAACAUGACGCUGUAAUAUAGUGUAUAUUUCUUGUAAUCGGUUUAUAGGGCGGUUGGUGCCCUAUAUACCGUGUGAUUUCAAGCGUUUCUGUAUGUGAUGACUUGUGACGAGUUACACUGAUUUCGACGGGCAAGAAUGAUUUCUACUUGUAUCGCGUAACGAACGAUUGUCAAAU